AUGGCGAUGAUGAUGAUGAAUCUGAAGCGAGCUGCAACCUCUGCAAUUCGAGCUUUACCGGCGGCUCCUUCUUCCACCGGAGCUCUGGCUAGACACCUCCACGGUUCUGUGGGGGAGAGCAAGAAGAUCGUGGGAGUGUUCUACAAGGCCAACGAGUACGCCGAGAAGAACCCCAAUUUCUUGGGCUGCGCCGAGAAUGCUUUGGGGAUACGGAGCUGGCUGGAAUCUCAGGGCCACCAGUACAUCGUCACCGACGACAAAGAUGGACCCAACUCUGAGCUGGAGAAGCACAUUCCUGAUCUCCACGUUCUCAUAUCAACCCCAUUCCACCCUGCCUACGUGACGGCUGAGAGGAUCAAGAAGGCCAAAAACUUGCAGCUGCUUCUCACCGCGGGAAUCGGGUCCGACCACAUCGAUCUGCCCGCCGCUGCUGCCGCCGGGUUGACAGUUGCAGAGGUCACGGGGAGCAAUGUGGUCUCCGUUGCUGAGGAUGAGCUGAUGAGGAUUCUCAUCCUGAUGAGGAACUUCUUGCCUGGUUAUCACCAGGUGAUCAAUGGGGAGUGGGAUGUGGCUGGUAUAGCUUACAGGGCUUAUGAUCUUGAAGGGAAGACGAUUGGGACGGUUGGGUGUGGACGAAUUGGGAAGCUUUUGCUCCAGAGGCUCAAACCUUUCGGCUGUAAUCUGCUUUACCAUGAUCGGCUCAAGAUGGAGCCCGAGCUGGAGAAGCAGAUCGGAUCCAAGUUUGAGGAGGAUCUUGAUGCCAUGCUUCCCAAGUGUGAUGUAGUUGUCAUUAAUACCCCACUUACUGAGAAAACCAAGUGCGUGCUUGCAGUGAUUGAGCUAUACAAAUUUCAGUUCUUUCAGUACAGGGUUGAUCUGGGAAUGUUUGAUAAAGAUAGGAUUUCCAAGAUGAAGAAAGGGGUUCUGAUCGUGAAUAAUGCUCGAGGAGCUAUAAUGGAUACACAAGCAGUUGUUGAUGGCUGCUCCAGUGGACAGAUUGGAGGGUACAGUGGGGAUGUUUGGUAUCCACAGCCAGCUCCGAAGGACCAUCCAUGGCGUUACAUGCCAAACCAGGCAAUGACUCCUCAUAUCUCUGGCACCACCAUUGAUGCACAGUUGAGGUAUGCUGCUGGAGUGAAGGAUAUGCUGGACAGAUACUUCAAGGGAGAAGAUUUCCCCACGCAGAAUUACAUAGUCAAGGAAGGCCAACUUGCAAGCCAGUACAAGUGACCUCGCUUCUGCAUCUGCGUCGAGAAUAAUAAUGUGGCUCUAAGCAUGGUAGAGUUCAACUUGUAAUCCUUAGGCUAUGUAAUGGAAGACAAUCUCUGCAUAGGUCUCAAUAAACUUAACCGUUAAACAGA